AUGGCUAGCGCAGCAGACUCGGAGGCUUUCUUCAAGGAACAUGCGGCCAGAGUAGGUAUGGCUGAGGACGUGAUAAACAAGCUAGUCGCACAAGGGAUCAAGACGGUCAGCCAGGCAGCUUAUGCAGCGUCUCCGCCAGGACAACCGUUGACAGAUGCAUCGGUUGAAGCCCUCUUGACACAAAUAGGUGCUGCCAACCCGACUCUGGCGUUGGUGACCCAGGCGAAGCGGCUCCUCUUCGAAUCGCAGACCAUGGCCUUGUCUCAUUUGAAGUCGGUUGUAGAACAAAAACCGGAAUCGAUCGCUCGGCAUAUGCCUGGAGCUGAGCGCCAUCAAAGGAUGACGUGUCAGGCGACCAGGCUGGCGGGCAUUGAGAUCAAGAACGACCUAGAGCCGGCUCACUCCGUGUACGAUGUCAUAGCAACGAUGGUUGAGCACAGCUCCAUCAAGUACCUGCACCCAUCGAAGAUUCCGACUCGUCAGCAGGAACUGUCCCAAACGAAAGGGACUAAGGAGCUGGCGCUUGAUACUUCAGGAGCCAGCCUCACCAUUACGGAGAAGGCUUCCUCGGCGCAAGCAAAACUGGGCACGGAAAUGGCAACCUACCGCGCCAUGCAGAGGCGUGGCUUAGCCUUCGAUUUGGUAGGUAUCCUCAGCUACAAGGUCCACGAGAAGUGGUUGCAGAAGGCAUUCAGCCGGCUGCAAGACCCGGCGAUACCAGGUUACGCCCCAGUCUCCCUUGCGCAGGUCCUUAGGGCAGACAAGGCUCUCUGGCUGGUACUCGCCCAGGCGAGCAUCAAACUCGAACGGGCAGCACCAAACGCGGACUUGGCGACUCCUCGAUGCCUGGACGAUGCCUUCACAAAGGCCAUGGAGGCAGCGGAAGUUAGCUUCCCGCUCCUGCCUCUGCCAGCGAAUGCGGAGGCGAUCUUUCCUGGAAAAGGCAAAGGCAAGGGUUUCGGUGGCUGGAAGCGGCAGCUUCCAUGGGACGGCAAGGCUGGUCAGCCGCAGAAACUUGCCCGAUCCGAGUUCUGGGGAAAAGGAAGGAAAGGAAAAGAGAAGGGUGGCAAGAAUCAUGGCGGGGGCAAGGACCCGUGGGGUUCUAAGGAGGGUCGUCGCUGGAACCAGUGGACGCGGGAAGGCAAAGGGUCGCAGACACCUAUGCCUUUCAAGCUGAGAGGUGGUGUGGCCGUUACACCCCAAGGCGAGCCUAUCUGCUUCGGCGCCAACCUCGGUGAAUGCCAGGACGCUCCGUUGGGAGGCAAAUGCGCUAAGGGCUGGCACGUGUGCUGCCGACCCAAUUGCUUCGGCAAGCAUGCAUUCAUUGACCACCCAGGCAAGAAGGCCUGA